AAGAGUGCUGCUGGUACUGCAAACCAGGAAGUAAGAAAUAUCGUGCUUUAAACUGAAAGAGAAAUUGGCUUUCAUAUAGAAAAGCGUCUCCUAACAAAACUAGGAAAUUGAAGCAGCGAUUUUGUAUAGUUGUCAUUUCAUAUUUGUUGCUCUGCUGUGGAUGGAGACUGAAGCAUACUUAGACUACAAAGCUUUCUGGGACAGAAAUUGAUCUGCCUUAUCUGAUUACUGCUUGGUCCAUCCAAACUACUAAACUGCUGUGUAGGCUGAACCCUGGAGAGUUUCCUUUGUAUUCAGAGCCUGACCAGACAGGAGUUCAGGCAGCUGCUUCAGCAGAACUAUGGCACUGAGCUGGGCUUAAAUGCUGAAGAGAUGUCCAUUGAAGAGAAUGUGCAGCCAAGAAGUCCAGCAAGAAGCAAUGUGGAUGACUAUGGGGAAAGAGAAGAAAAAUUACCCAAAGCCAUCAGUUUUACACAGGAAUCAAUUAGUCGAGUUUUGGAAACAGAAUCACUAGAUGGAAAUUCAUCAAAAGGAGGAUUAGGUAAAGAGGAGCCCCAAGAGGAGAAGCUUAUUAAAAAGAGUCCUUUAUUAACAUCAGAAAGGAGGUUAAAUAGAGUGCCAUCAAAAUCACUGGACUUGAAUAAAAAUGAAUAUCUUUCUCUGGACAAAAGCAGCACUUCAGAUUCGCUGGAUGAAGAAAAUGUUCCUGAGAAAGACCUCAAAGGAAGACUUUAUAUCAACCGUGUUUUCCAUAUCAGUGCUGAGAGAAUGUUUGAGCUGCUCUUCACUAAUUCACGCUUUAUGCAGAGAUUUGCCAAUUCUAGAAAUAUAAUAGAUGUAGUAUCUACCCCUUGGACUGUCGAAUCUUCAGGAGAUCAACUGAGAACCAUGACCUACACUAUCAUCCUUAAUAACCCACUCACGGGGAAGUGUACUGCUGCCACCGAAAAGCAGACACUCUAUAAAGAAAGCCGGGAAGCACAAUUUUAUAUAGUAGAUGCAGAGGUUCUGACACAUGAUGUCCCCUACCAUGACUACUUCUAUACCCUGAACAGAUACUGCAUCAUCCGAUCUGCAAGACAGAAAUGCAAGCUGAGAGUUUCCACAGAUGUGAAAUACAGAAAACAACCAUGGGGCCUUGUCAAAUCUUUAAUUGAGAAAAAUUCCUGGGGUUCAUUGGAGACCUAUUUCAAACAGCUUGAGUCAGAUUUGUUAUUGGAAGAAUCUGUGUUAAAUCAGUCCAUUGAGGAGCCUGGAAAACUCGGCGGGCUCAGAAGGAGAAGGAGAACAUUCAACCGAAUGGCAGAAUCAGUUCCUAAGCUUUCUUCUCAGCGUUCAUCUGGAGAUAUGGGCUUGGAAGCCAAAGGCAAUCCAGGAAAGAAAAAGGAAGUGGAAAGCUAUAACAUUGCUCUUAUUGUGGUGAUGAGUUUUUUUUUGCUGUUUCUGGUUUUGUUGAAUGUGACACUGUUUAUGAAGUUGUCAAAAAUAGAAUAUGCUGCUCAGUCCUUUUACCGUCUCCAUCUCCAAGAAGAGAAAUCAUUAAAUUUGGUCUCUGAUAUGGUCUCAAGAACAGAAAAUAUUCAAAAGAACAAAGAUCAAGCCCAUCGUUUAAAGGGGGUGCUUCAAGAUUCCAUACUGAUGCUAGAGCAGCUUAAGAGCUCACUUAUUAUGCUUCAGAAAACCUUCGAUCUACUCAAUAAGAACAAGACUGGUAUGGCUGUUGAAAGCUAGUGAUCUUAAGACUAAAACAUUGGAGAUACCAGGAACUAAAACAAAACAGGAUGAAGGAUUUUAAUUGUUAUUAUUUCCUCUUUUCUUCUUGGAAUUUCUAAUGCCAGCAUUCUUUUAAAUAACAUUUACUUGAUAAUUAUUCUCUGAUAGCUUCCCAAAUCUAUUCUUCUACUUCCUAUGGAUAUUUUUAAACUGUGAAUUUCUCCAGUGAACCAUGAAAUACAUUCUGGUGUUGAAAAUCUGUGAUACAAAAAGAAAAGGAGAUUCUCUUUGAAUUGAGUAGUACAGCUUCUUUUUUAUGGUGAGGCUUGAAAUUUUAUGCUUUAAAAAUUUGUCUUUCAGCACUGAAUGACCAUGUUUUCCAUAGAUUGUGUUAUAGUAGAUACAAAAAAAACCCUCUUAAUCAUUAUUAAUUUUAAAGGAUUGGUUUUUACAACAUUAUUAGGUUUGUAUCUUGUAAAUAUUGUGAUGUUUUAUUUAUUUAGCAUGCAAAUUUAAUAGUUAAACCUUUUGAAUCUGCAUGUUGAUGAUAAUUGUUAUCAGAAAGAUUCUUCAGCUAUAUGUAUCUUUAUGAGAGAAAUGGUUAUUUUUUUAUUUAGACAGCAGAAGUGAGGUGAUCUUUUUCAUAUAUCAAAAAUAGAAGAAGCAAUUUAGGAAAAAAAUGUGUGGGACACUAGUGCUCAAAAUGAAGAACCAGUUUCUUAAGUUAUAAAACCAGAGUAUGUUAAAAUCUGGGCAUUUAGUGACAGAUCAAAUACAUCUUUGAACUAAGCUUGAAUUCAGCUUAGUAGUCUUUCAUAAAGAAAGUGAUUUAUCUUGUUGAAAAUAAUUUGUGUAUUACUUUUAGUUAUGUAUUGAUUUCAUUCUUUAUGCUUGUAUGUAUAAUGUGUAUAUAUUGUCUGUUCUUAGUUAUAAGUCAGAUACAAACUAUAGUUCUUAAAAAUUUUUGGGAAAUACAUGUCCCAACACAAGUUUACGGACUGAUGUUGUGAGACAUAAGCUGAGGCUUUUUUUUGUUGUUGUUUUGUGCUUAGAACUGGGGCUUGAACUCAGGGCCUGGACAUAGUCUCUUAAGCU